AUGUAGUACGAGAGUAAUUCUUUCUACGAUCAAACAACAUUGCCCGGAAAUGUUGGCUUAUGUGGUAAUCGUACUUCAUCAAGACAAAGCGUUUUUGAAACCACAGUGGAUGGAUUAUUAUCUAAUCUUUCUAUCGCCACACCUAAAAUACCUGGUUUCUUUGCUGUGGCCACAUCACCCGUUAAUGGCACCAAUACAAGCACUGCGUAUGCUAUCGCCCAGUGUGUCCCUACUGUAACAUCGAAGGGUUGUAGUGAUUGCUUACAGGUUGCUUACGCUAAUAUAAAAAGUUGUGCAACUGAUGUUACUGAUGGGAGAGGUGUUGAUUCUGGGUGUUUUAUGAGGUACUCAGCCUCUUCGUUUUUCCCCAACAAUACAAUUAUGGAUAUCACGCCAUUUUUACGAGAUGGAGGUUCAAGCAACAAGGGAGCCAUUAUCGGAGGUGUGGUUGGAGGUGUAGUUGGUUUGAUUAUCUUGUUAAUAAUACUUAUACUUUUGUGGUAUCGUCGAUCCAAGAAAAGAACAUCCCCAGGAAGUAACUUACAUGGGGCAACAGAAUUGCAAGGCCCAAUGGCGUAUAGCUACAAUGAUCUCAAAAGAGCUACCAAAGAUUUUAGGGAGGAUAAUAAACUUGGAGAAGGAGGCUUUGGAGAUGUGUAUAAGGGAAUCGUGAAGGGUGGAAACAUUGUUGCAGUGAAGAAACUAGCCAUAGGUUCCAAUAAUGCAAAAGACAAUUUUGAGAGUGAAGUACGGGUUAUUAGUAAUGUUCAUCACCGAAAUCUUAUCCGUCUUCUAGGAUGUUGUAGCAAAGGACCAGAAUUACUUCUAGUUCUUGAGUACAUGGCAAAUGGAAGUCUAGAAAAAUACCUAUACGGUGACAAAAAAGGGAACCUUAGCUGGAAACAACGUUAUGAUAUUAUUUUUGGCACAGCUAGGGGUCUAGCAUAUCUACACGAACAAUACCAUGUAACCAUCAUUCAUAGAGACAUAAAACCAAGCAACAUUUUACUCGACAACGAUUUUCAGCCCAAAAUUGCUGAUUUUGGAUUGGCAAGGCUUCUACCAGAAGACCAGACACAUAUUAGCACAAGAUUUGCUGGAACUUUGGGCUAUACAGCACCAGAGUAUGCAAUUCACGGACAGUUGUCAGAGAAGGUUGACACCUACAGCUUUGGUAUAGUGGUUCUUGAGAUUAUUAGCGGAAAAAGAUGCACAGAUGUCCCAAAUGAAUCAGCUGGAGAACAGUACCUUCUAGAACACGCUUGGAAUCUGUAUGAAACUCGCAUGCACUUGAAGUUGGUUGAUGAGACAUUAGACCCAAGUGAAUAUAGAGAAGAAGAAAUAAAGAAAGUCAUAGAAAUAGCACUAAUGUGCACUCAGUCACCGGUUUCUGUAAGGCCAACCAUGUCUGAAGUGGUGAUGCUUCUAAGUGAUCGAUCACGGGUGCAAAACCCACCAAGUAGACAAAAUGUGAAUUUUACCGAUAUAAGGAUACAAGUUGAAAACUCCACAUCCACUACUUUGUCCAUGAGCAAUGCUGAUGCCACGAUUACCGAAUUAACAGGACGUUAAUUUUAUUACUGAUGUGGCAAUAUGGAUCCAGAAGUAGUAUGAAGUUUACCUUGAGAUUUAAGUGUAUGCGUUCAUUGCUAGUACUCUAAUUUUCAUUUAGGAAUGGAAACGCAAAUGUGUAGAAUCUGCGAACAUAUGUAAAAUUUGAUCAUGCUAUGAUCUUUCGUAUGCUUUGAUUCCUGUAAACGCAUAUCAAUAAACUGUUAUGGAG